AUGAUCCUGUCAGUUUCACACUCUUGCUCAACUUAUAAUCUUCUAUUUCCCCUGCUUAUUGUGUCCGGAUUUAUAUUUCCUAGUCCACAGCAGAUUGCUAGAUUCCCUUCUUUUUUCGUUGAUCCACCACAUACCCAACAUGUCCGCCUCCACAAGAAUUCCCCCAUCGCUCAGCCCUUUGUGAGCGAUCGGGCAAAGAAGGUCCUCGACCUGGUUGAAGAAUUCGUUGAGAAAGACUGCAUCCCCGCCGAUGCUGUUUUCCAGGCCCAGCUCGGCGAAGGCGAGAAGAGAUGGCAGACUACCCCGGCUGUGCUAGAGGAGCUCAAGGCCAAAGCCCGCAAGCUGGGCCUGUGGAACAUGUUCUUGCCCAAGAACCACUUCUCCCAGGGUGCUGGCUUCAGUAACCUUGAGUAUGGUCUGAUGGCUGAGUACCUCGGCAAGAGCAAGCUUGCUUCUGAGGCGACGAAUAACUCUGCCCCCGAUACCGGUAACAUGGAGGUGCUGGCCAAGUAUGGCAAUGAGGCGCAGAAGAAGCAGUGGCUUGCUCCUCUGCUUGAAGGCAAGAUCCGCUCUGCUUUCCUCAUGACCGAGCCUGAUGUUGCCUCGAGUGAUGCCACAAAUAUUGAGCUGAACAUCCGGCGCGAGGGCAAUGAGUACGUUCUCAACGGGUCGAAAUGGUGGUCGUCCGGCGCUGGUGACCCCCGUUGCGCGAUCUACCUGGUCAUGGGCAAGUCCGACCCGACCAACCCCGACCCUUACCGCCAGCAGUCCGUCAUCCUCGUGCCCGCCGGCCUUCCCGGCAUCACCGUGCACCGGAUGCUGACCGGCCGCGGCUUCGAGAUCAUCCAGGGCCGCCUGGGCCCCGGCCGCAUCCACCACGCGAUGCGCACCAUCGGCGCCGCCGAAAAGGCCCUCGAGUGGCUCAUCGCCCGCGUCAACGACGACCGCAAGAAGACCUUCGGCAAGCCGCUGUCCGCCCACGGCGUCAUCCUCGAGUGGAUCGCCAAGUCCCGCAUCGAGAUCGACGCUGCCCGCCUCAUCGUCCUCAACGCCGCCAUCAAGAUCGACCAGGGCGACGCCAAGUCCGCCCUCAAGGAGAUCGCCCAGGCCAAGGUCCUCGUCCCCCAGACCGCCCUGACCGUCAUCGACCGCGCCGUCCAGGCCUACGGCGCCGCCGGUGUCUGCCAGGAUACGCCCCUGGCCAACCUCUGGGCCAUGAUCCGGACGCUGCGCAUCGCCGACGGGCCCGAUGAGGUCCACUUGCAGCAGCUUGGAAGACGCGAGAACAAGUCCCGCCAGGACGCCAUUGUCGCCAAGCUGAAGUACCAGAAGGAGGAGGCGGAGCGAUUGCUGUUGGCUAGUGGAUUCCAGAAGCCCAAGAGUCAUCUGUGAUGAACUGGCGGGGCGUAGAUAUAAAAUAAUCGGACAAAAUAGUAUGGAGGACAAUGAGAAUGUCUCCUUUCUAUAUCAAUACCAACUCUUUAGUUAUUCUUCUACGGAGAGUGCACCAUCGUCGUGAACAAGUGAAUAGAAUCUAACUCCGGUAU